CUCCGACCUGCAGACCUUGGAAGAAACUCGGCAAGCAAGUCAUUUUACACAUACAGCUGAAAAAAGCUUAGUCAUUUCACCGUUUGGUUGAAUAUAUGAACUACGGCAAGCGUGUCUGGACCUUGGCUGUUAAACAGCGAAAACUACAAACUCUAAACAUGUCUUCUGCUGUGCAUGAAAAUGUGAAGAAUUAUUAUGGCUCUCGCCUGGAGACGUCAGAAGACUUGCAGACCAAUGCCGCGUGUGUCAUGCCCUCCAGACCGCUGCCCAAAAACGCAUGUGAAGCCUUAAGACUAGUUCAUCCAGAUGUCUGUAAGAGGUAUUUUGGCUGUGGUUUGGUGAUUCCAGAGAAGCUGGAAGGAUGUAAAGUUCUUGAUCUGGGCAGUGGAUCAGGCAGGGACUGCUAUGUCCUCAGCAAACUGGUCGGAGAGAGGGGUCAAGUCACUGGACUGGAUAUGACGGAUGAGAUGAUAGUUGCCUCACAAAAAUACGGCCAGUACCAUCAGGAGAAAUUUGGCUACUCUAAAGCAAACACCGUGUUUGUGAAAGGAUACAUGGAGAAGCUCAGUGAGGCGGGGAUAAAGAGGAACUCUUUGGAUGUCAUUGUGUCAAAUUGCGUAAUAUGUCUGUGCCCAGAUAAGAGAACUGUGAUUAAAGAAGCGUACAAAGUUCUUAAGGAGGGUGGAGAGUUGUAUUACAGUGAUAUGUACGCAAGCAAAGUCACUCCAGAUUCUUUCAAGGAAGAUCCAGUUCUGUGGGGUGAAGGAAUGGCUGGCGCCCUCUACUGGCAGGACCUCAUCACUCUGAUGAAAGAGACAGGUUUUAGCACUCCUCACCUGGUCGCAGGUAGUCACAUUGUGGUUCAAAACCCAGAACUUCAACAAAAGACUGGUGAUGUUAAGUAUUCGUCUGGAACUUACCGGAUCUUUAAAUUGCCUCAAAAUUCCCUCACAACCAAAGCACUCGUCACAUAUAAAGGCACAGUGCCUGACUGUGUGGACUGUUUUGAGUUUGAUGCAUCUCAUUCUUUCAAGACAAAUGUUCCUGUGGAGGUGGGUGCAGAGAUGGCCGCGAUCCUCCAGCACACACGUUUCUCUACAGACUUCAGUAUCACGAUGUUAGACAUCCCUGACCCAAACUUGAGUGGCAACCCACAGUAUUGUCACCUCAGCCCCUUCCUCCUGGCGGAUAGACUGGGUUCAUCAGUGAAGCAGUGCUCAAAGACAGGACAAUGAGGUCAUUCUGGAGACUCAAGUGCAUGGAAAGUGUAAUGGGUUGAGCACUUAUUUGGCAGUGAGAGUAUAGAAAUUACACUAAUUCUAAAUUUGUCUGUCAAAAUGAUUCCAAUACAAGUUGUAUUGUUCAGUUUUAUGUUACUGGCAUGAUGGCAGACAAACUCAAAUUAUAACUUGUUUUUUAUUCUGUCUGACAUAAUACAUAGUUGACCUUCCUUAUCACAUGAUACGCAGUAUGUUAUGGUCAGCAGGCUCCUUGCCAUGUUUCCAUGUCAAGCGGAUGAUCAUUUAUGUUUUGAUUACAUUUAGGUAAAAUAGGAUAUUGGAUAAUGAUACUCGAUCACAAGGCUAAAUUAAACUUAGAAGCUUCAAUUAAGAUUCAUUCCUGUUUAGUUCCCCACGUGCUUGUUUACAGGUCUAAUAAUUCCAUUAUUUUUAGCUAUAAUGGUUAUGUUUUUGAUCAAAUCAAACUUAUAAAUGGAGUUAAAUGCUAAAAUAUAUAAAUGGUGAGUUAAAUCAUAAAAAAUACUAAACUUGUGGUCUUAAUAAAAGCAGUUUUAUAUUUUGUAAUA